AAGUCCGUACCAAAAUACAAAAACAUCAAAAUAUCUAGGAUAUGGGAAGUAUCACUGGUGACUAUAACAGAUUAAAUACAACAGCCAUAAUUUCGAUGAUUUACUAAUGUUCUUAGCAGUAGUACUUAAUAGUACUUAGGAUAGGAGUAUAUACUACUACAAACUAAGAGGUGUUUUGGCUAUUUCAGCGUGUUUGUUAAGUAUAAUCUUGAAGACGCAGUGAUACCGGUUAUUUACCAAUCUAUAUAAACUUUCCCCACUAUUUCCUUUUUGGAGUAUACUGUUGAGUAUAAAGAUUAGAGCAUAUCACUUGGCCUAAAUUUACCCAUGGAUUUCUUUUUGAUUGCCGUUACACUAGUUAGCUCCUUUGUUUUUCUCUUCUUUCUUCACAAACAAUUUUUCUCUGUUAAAAGGCAGAGUAGAAGGGUACCUGAAGCAGCCGGAGCAUGGCCAAUUAUCGGUCAUCUCCACCUUCUCAGUGGAUCCGAAUCCGAUCAACUGCCUCACAAAAUCUUGGGCUGCAUGGCAGAAAAAUACGGUCCCAUUUUCAGAAUGAAGCUUGGUGUUCAUCAGGUUGUAGUUGUGAGCGAUCCCAAAUUAGCCAAAGAAUGCUUCACCACAAAUGAUUUGGCCCUUGCAAGCCGGCCUAAAUCCAUAGCUUCAGAGAUCAUAGGCUACAAAGACGCGAUGAUUGGGCUUGCUCCUUAUGGACCUUACUGGCGAGAAACAAGGAAGAUAGCCACAGCUGAAUUGCUUUCCACAAGGCGAACCGAAAUGCUCAAACACAUCCGAGAAUUUGAAGUAAAAUCGGCUAUCAAAGAGACGUAUAAUUACUGGAUGAAGAACAAGAGUACUAGUAAUUUAAAUGGUGCUGUGAAGAUGGAAAUGAAGGAAUGGUUUGGAGAUUUAAUUAUGAACACUAUGGUGAAGAUGUUAUUUGGAGGAGGGGAAGAAGGAAUAGAUAAGGCUCACAAAGCAAUAAGGAGAUUUUUUGAGUUGUUGGGGGCUUUUGUUGUGGCUGAUUUUUUACCAUAUUUAAGGUGGCUGGAUAUAGGAGGACAUGAGAAGGCAAUGAAGGAGGUUGCUAAAGAAAUAGACUCUGUUGUUGAAGAAUGGUUAGCAGAGCAUAAAAGGAAGAGGGACUCUAAAGCGAUUAAAUCUGGAGAUGAAGAAGAUUUCAUGGAUGUCAUGUUGUCCAUUUGUGAAAACAAAGAUCUAGCAGGGUUUGAUGCUGAUACAGCUAUAAAAGGGACAUGCAUGCCAAAUGUGGAUAUCCAGGAACUAGAUGAUUUGGACGUCUUAGCAUGGUGCAAGAAAUACAAGACGAGUCAUCUGAUACUUUCAAGAAUGACUCGAGAUAUCCUUACGGUUCAAAUAUCAAUCGUGGCUUCGGAAAGUGCAUUUAGCCAAGGAAGACAAUAAAUUGGAGACCAUAGACACUCAUUAUCCGGAUUUAGCUUGCAAGUACUAGUUUGCAUUCGUGAUUGGAUUAGAUCGGAGCAACGCAACCAAAACUCAAAAGCGGUGGAAGGCGAAGAGGAAGAGAUUGAAGAUUUGAUAGUAAGUGGAAUAGACCAAAUGGAAGACUUUGAAGAUAUUUCAAUGACCGAAUAUGAUAUGACGGAUAUUAGCCAAAUGAUUGACACUUUUUGAUUUUAUUAUUCUACUACUUUUUUGCAACUCAUAUAUUAUUUGCAAGUUUAAAAAACUACAACUUGCAAAUAAAUGUUAUCCAUGAAUGAAUAAAAUAUAUGGCUCAUUGAGCUUUCUUCUAUUUA